AUGGACUCCCUUGUGCUCACACAUGCAAAGCUUUUGAGCUGGUUGCCAUCGCUGUUGACUCUGGUAUGCUCUUCUGCUGCUGUUUAUGCAGAUGAGCCCAAUCUGAGCAGUAGUUUCUUGCCUCUCUAUGAAUCUGACCAUGGGGGUGCUGUUGGCUCUGUACAAGAUGAAAGGCUGCAUGUUUUCACAGUUGAUUAUGGCUAUGUGCAAAUUCCUUGUGAAGUUACUCUUUGGAUACUCCUUGCCUCUCUUGCAAAAAUAGGUUUCCAUCUUUAUCACCGAUUGCCAAGACUCAUGCCUGAAAGCUGCGUCCUGAUUGUCGUUGGAGCAUUAGUUGGAGCAAUCAUUUUUGGUACUGAUCACAAAUCCCCACCAGUGAUAAACACAAGUAUUUACUUCUUGUAUCUCCUUCCACCUAUUGUUCUGGAGGAGGGUUAUUUCAUGCCAACUCGCCCGUUUUUUGAAAACUUUGCAUCCAUCUUGUGGUGGUCUGUGCUGGGAUCUCUCCUGAACUCCCUUGGGAUUGGCCUCUCCCUCUAUGGAGUCUGUCAGAUAGAAGCCUUCGGCCUGACUGACCUGAACCUGCUGCAGAACUUACUCUUUGGCAGCAUGAUUUCAGCUGUUGAUCCUGUGGCAGCUCUGGAAGUUUUUGAAGAAGCCUCAGUUAAUGAGCAGCUUUACAUGAUGAUUUUUGGAGAGUCUUUGCUAAAUGAUGGCAUAACUGUGGUGUUAUAUAACAUCUUCAUUGCCUUCACCCAAAUGCACAGAUACGAAGACAUCGAAUCCAUCGAUAUUCUUGCUGGCUUUGCUCGCUUCUUUGUGGUUGGGCUGGGUGGUGUGCUGUUUGGCAUCGUCUUUGGAUUUGUUUCAGCAUUCAUGACUCGAUUCACCCAGAAUAUUUCUGCUAUCGAACCCCUGCUGGUCUUCAUGUUCAGCUAUCUAUCAUACUUGUCUGCUGAAAUCCUUUACAUCUCGGGCAUUUUGGCGAUGACAGCAUGUGCAGUGACUAUGAAAAAAUAUGUGGAGGAAAAUGUUUCCCAGAAUUCCUAUACGACAAUAAAAUAUUUCAUGAAAAUGCUAAGUAGCGUCAGCGAAACACUGAUUUUCGUGUUCAUGGGAGUGUCGACAGUUGGGAAGAACCAUGAGUGGAACUGGGCCUUCAUUUGCUUCACUCUGCUUUUCUGCCUCAUUUGGCGCGCACUGAGUGUAUUUGUGCUGUUGUACAUCAGUAACAAGUUCCGAACGUAUCCCUUCACCUUCAAGGACCAGCUCAUUAUUUCCUACAGUGGCCUUCGAGGAGCCAGUAGCUUCUCUCUUGCAUUCUUGCUUCCAGCGAAUCUCUUCCCUAGAAAAAAUUUGUUCAUUACUGCUACACUUGUAGUUACAUACUUUACUGUGUUCAUCCAGGGAAUCACAAUUGGUCCAUUGGUCAGAUAUCUAGAUGUUAAAAAGACCAAUAAAAAGGAGUCCAUCAAUGAAGAAAUUCAUGUGCGAUUGAUGGAUCACUUGAAGGCCGGUAUUGAAGACAUAUGUGGGCAUUGGAGUCACUAUCAACUGAGAGAUAAAUUUAAAAAGUUUGACAAUAAGUAUCUGAAGAAAAUCUUAAUUCGGGAACACCAGACCAAAUCCAGCAUUGUGUCAUUGUACAAGAAGCUGGAAAUAAAACUGGCCAUUGAGAUGGCUGAAAGUGGCAUGAUAAGUUCAACAGCAUCUGCUGUUUCUUCACAGAGCUGCAGAAAUCGGCGAGUACAUAGGCUCUCCCCUGCAGAGGUGGAGUCCAUGAGAGAUGUCCUGGCACAUAAUCUCUACCAAGUGCGGCAGAGGGCACCAUCAUACAGCCGACACAACCUGCCUACGGAUACAAAUGAGAAACAAGCCCAAGAAAUCCUCUUCCGUCGACAGCAUAGCCUAAGGCAGAGCUGCAGGAAAGGAAACAGCUUACCUUGGGGUAGACCGGCCAGCACCAUGGGCGUGCGCUACCUCUCGCUGCAGCAUGGCUCCCGUCAACCUGCUAGGCGAAAAGCCAGGCGCGUGACUUUUAUAGAUAAUCAUAGCAAUGAGUCUGAUUCAAUGUUCCCAGUAACAUUCAGACCCCAGCCCCGACUACGGCCUCUUGAAGUGCAGUACCGCCAGGAAGAGCUUAUUCCAAUGGCACACUUAGAUAGACUUGCUGGCCCAUCCAAUCUGUCAGGUCGACGAGGAAAUUCAGUCACCAGGGCAGACACUCUAGCUCUAAUGACAAAGCCGCGAUUCACUGUGGAAGAAGUAGAAGAGUGUGAGUCAGAAAUGAUGGCACCAGCCAGGCCAUUAGCCAGAUGA